AUGGCAAGAGUCGGACCAGAUACAUUCAAAAGAUUACAGAAUGAUCCAUCAUGCAUAAGGAACGUCUGUAUAGUCGCACAUGUGGAUCAUGGUAAGACAUCCUUAUCAGAUUCAUUAUUAGCUUCCAACGGUAUCAUAUCUCAAAGAUUAGCUGGUAAAAUUAGAUUUUUGGACGCAAGACCAGAUGAACAAUUACGUGGUAUUACUAUGGAAUCAUCAGCUAUUUCAUUAUAUUUUAGGGUCUUACAUAAACAGGAUGGGAAAGACGAACCAUUGGUUAAUGAACAUUUGGUUAAUUUGAUCGAUUCUCCUGGUCAUAUCGAUUUCUCAAGUGAAGUUAGUACAGCGUCAAGAUUGUGUGAUGGUGCUAUCGUGCUAGUUGAUGUGGUGGAAGGUGUUUGUUCUCAAACUAUAACUGUCUUGAGACAAUGCUGGACAGAAAAUUUAAAGCCUAUAUUAGUUUUGAAUAAGAUUGAUAGAUUGAUUAUGGAAUUACAAUUGACACCACAAGAAGCAUAUAUUCAUAUGAAUAAGAUUAUUGAACAAGUUAACUCCGUUCUGGGGUCAUUCUUUGCAGGUGAAAGACAAUUUGAAGAUGAAGAAUGGAGAGAACAAUUAGAACUUAAUAAAAAUGCCAAAUUUGUAGAAAAAGAUGAUUCAAAUAUCUACUUCAAUCCAAUGGAUAAUAACGUGAUUUUUGCCUCAGCAAUUGAUGGAUGGGGAUUCAAUAUUGGUCAAUUAGUUAAAUUUUAUGAACAGAAGUUAGGCGCAAAGAGAGAGAAUUUACAAAAAGUUCUUUGGGGUGAUUUCUUCAUGGAUCCUAGAACUAAAAAGAUAAUUAACAAUAAAAGUCUGAAAGGGAGAGCUUUGAAACCAUUGUUUGUUUCGUUAAUAUUGGACAAUAUUUGGAAAAUUUAUGAAAAUGUUAUUGUUGAAAGAAAUACUGAUAUGAUUGAAAAGAUAACGAAUGCUCUCCAAAUCAAGUUACAACCUCGUGAUUUAAGGUCAAAAGAUGACAAACAAUUAUUGAAAACGAUCAUGGGUCAAUGGUUACCAGUAAGUACAGCUGUCUUAUUAACAGUCAUUGAGAAAUUACCAUCUCCGUUGGAAUCUCAGCAUAAUAGAUUAGAUACAAUUUUAGGGAAAGACCAUGACAAAUCGCUGAUUGAUCCGACCUUACUGACCGCUAUGGAUAAAUGUGAUAGAGAUGGACCCGCCUCGUGCUUUUGUUCUCCAAGAUGCUUCCAUUCCAAGGGAAGAAUUACCAAUCCAGACAAGUGGCUCCCAUCUACCAAUGACCUGAUUGAAAAAAGUAGAAAGGCGAGAGAAGAAGUGUUGAAUGCAGCCAAACGCGCUGAAAUGGUUGAAAAGAUGAGUAACAUGAAUGUCACGGAUUCCCAGAAGGAACAAUCAGAGGAAGUUGAUAAUUUAUAUACAAGAGCUCAAGAUACUGUCGUAACGCCUGAAGUUGAACCUGAAGUUAAACCUAAGAAAAGAUUUAAUUCUGAACCAAUGAAAAAUACAACAGAAAAUGAUUCUUUCCAAAUUGUGACUGAGCCUGCCCCUGAAUUCGAUUUAGGUUUUGAAUAUGAAGAAGAUCCAGAAGAAGACCCAGAUACUGCUGUUGAUUUUAAUACAGAUUUUGUUCCAGAAAUAGAUUCAAGUGAUCCUCUGAAUUCUUUAUUUGAAUACGAAGAAGACGAUCCUUUCGCCCCAACAACAGAUACCGCUGCUUUACAGGAUGGAAAUGAAGGUGAAAAGAAAAUAGAUGAUGACCUGUUUGAUGAAACUGACGAAGUUUUGAUUGCUUUUGCUAGAAUAUAUAGCGGUUCCUUGAAAAUCGGUCAAGAAAUUUCCGUUUUAGGACCUAAAUAUAAUCCCAAACAUCCAAAUGAACAUAUUCAGAAGGCGACUAUUACUAAUUUAUACCUCUUCAUGGGUAAGGAGCUUCUCCCAUUAGAUGUUUGUCCAUCAGGAAAUAUCGUUGGUAUUGGUGGGUUAGCCGGGAAAGUCUUGAAAAACGGUACUUUAGUCGCAGAGGGUGUUCAAGGCAUUAAUCUUGCUGCAGUUGAUUUCCAUACGACCCCUAUUGUUCGUGUUGCUGUAGAGCCAGCCAACCCUGUUGAAAUGAAUAAACUAGCUCGUGGUUUGAAAUUAUUGAACCUAGCAGAUCCAUGUAUUGAAACAUAUAUGACUGAUACUGGUGAACAUAUCCUAUGUACAGCCGGUGAAUUGCAUCUGGAAAGAUGUUUAAAAGAUUUGAAAGAAAGGUUUGCUGGCAUAGAGAUUAGUCAUUCCGAACCUGCUAUUCCAUAUAGAGAAACGUUUUUGUCAACUUCUGAUAUGAAUCCACCGAAGAAUUCUAAUCUAGGUAGAGGAAUCACCGAAUUGACUUUAGGCCCAUAUAAGAUGAAGCUAGGAACAGUUCCAUUAUCUGAAGAUGUUACAGAUUUCUUAGAUAAGCAUGAAUCCGUUAUUAAAUCCAUCUUAAAUGGUUCUACAGGCCAUUUUGAGAAUCAGAAGGGUGCUAUUGAACAGAGAAUCUUUCUUGAAAAAUUACAAGAAGUCCUAGAGUCAGAUGAAAAGAAUAAAGGUUUAUAUGGAGAUUACCUAAAAAAAAUCGCAGCUUUGGGACCUCACAGAACUGGUUGUAAUAUUCUUGUUUCAGAAAAUGAGUUACUAGAUAGUUUAUUCGACUCUACUAUUCAUGGUAAGUUUGAAUUUACAGAUUCUAUACUUAAUGGGUUCCAAUUGUCAGUCAAUGAAGGACCUUUAGCAAAUGAACCGGUACAAGGUAUGUGUGUUAUAAUCGAAGAUAUACAUAUAAUGGAUGAUUCAGAAUUGGUAGCUAUUGAAGAUCCACAUUAUCAAGUUGAUAUUCCAAACUUGUCUGGUAGGUUUAUCACAGCUACUAGAGAUCAAAUUCAUGAAUCAUUCUUAGAUUGGUCUUCAAGAAUAAUGUGGGCUAUGUAUACAUGCGACAUUCAAACAUCUGUUGAAGUUCUGGGUAAAGUAUAUGCUGUUAUCCAACAAAGACAUGGGAAAAUCGUUUCUGAAGAAAUGAAGGAAGGUACUCCUUUUUUCCAAAUUAGAGCACAUAUUCCCGUAAUAGAAGCUUUUGGUUUAAGUGAAGAUAUUAGGAAGAGAACGUCAGGUUCUGCACAACCUCAACUUGUUUUCAAUGGCUUUGAAUGUAUCGACAUGGAUCCAUUCUGGGUUCCAACCACAGAGGAAGAACUAGAAGAAUUAGGUGAUACCGCUGAUAGAGAAAACAUAGCACGUAAACACAUGAAUGCUAUUAGAAGACGGAAAGGUUUAUUUAUCGAGGAAAAAGUUAUUCAAAAUGCAGAAAAGCAACGUACUUUGAAGAGAAAUUGA